AUGAGUUCCGACCAUUCGAAGCCGCGUGCGACGUUGAAUUCGAACAAUGCGUUUAGUAUGGUAAGUCUAUGUCUGGCCUUAUUUGUAUAACUCCAUUAGUAAAAAUCCACAAGAUCUUACCCUGCCCGAGAAGAAAAUCUCUAGGUUUAAGGAAGAUUUUGCGAAAUUUUAAAAUUUCAUAUUAAAAUUUUUCAGAACACGCGUAGUUUUCAAGACAGGCGUUUCCCGAUUGACAGAGUACCCAAGUACGUGCCGCCGAUCAAAUCAUACGCGCCGUGUACCAACAUUCUGAGUUCGUGGCGUGAUCCACCCCAAGUCGUGGAUGACAAAACCCAAACAGAAGAUUGGGAGAUUCAGCGUCGCAAGCAAAGUGGCAAAAAGUCCAUUGCUCAACUGAAGCCGUACCGUGAGUUUGGAGGCAAGAACCGGACUGGUGUCUACCAUGAUUCCUGGCUUCGUCCGGGCCCGAUUACCCCGCCCGAGGCCAAGUCCAGAAGGUGGCUGGCCUUCAACAAGGUCAUCAAGGAUCUGAAGUCGGUGGAUGACUACGCUGAAGAGAGUACGAUGAUUGACAAGAAGGGGGAUACUAGUGAUUUACCAAAGAGCACCACUAUCACUUACUGUGCCCCGAAACCCGAUCUCAAGCCAUUAACCUGCUCGAAAACCUUCACCACCCUCAAUAGCAACAUGGAUUUUGACCCGUUUGGAGAACUUCCAGGUAAGAAAUCUUUAAUUAUUUUGAAUAUUAGGAUAAUUUAGAUAUUACUAAUGCUUGAACUAGUAGAUAAACUAAUGUAUAUUGAUGUUAUUCAUUAAAAAGAUAAGUUUAAAUAACACAGCAUCUCUUUUUAGGCGAAAAAGGCUUGAAACCAGCUUUAAUUUGAGGAAUUUUAAUAAAACAUAGCUUUUUGAUAUACUUUUGAAAAAUUUUUAAUUCCAAAAACAUUGAUACACAUUUCAGGUGAUAAAGAGAAGAAAAAGAAGACACGUAAGAAGGAUAUUACCAUUUCCCCAGCUGCCUACAUGGAGUCUCUGAACAACAACGCUACCGGGUUGUUGAGAAGCAAAAUUAGUAUGUUCUUUGCCAUUUUUUUUAGCAAUGUUUAACAGGUUUGAAGGAAAAACGAUUUUAAGUUUUCUAGUCGAAUUGGAAUAAAAAUUUGUUCCGCAGCCUGCAAAGGCGCAUUUGUUGUGGACGCAGCUCAUUUUUUUUCAAUGUUCUUAUUUUGACGAAAAAUUUAUAAAUUUUUUGUUCGGCCGAAGUUUUUACUGUUUGUUAUAAAGAUAAAUCUUUAAGGCUAUUAAUUGCUGAAAAUUGUUCAAGAAACGGAAGUUUUUAUUAAUGAAUCCUUCCCUACGUUUUUUUAUUUCAGUUUGAUAUUAUGAUUGUUUUUAACUGUCUUUGAAGUUGAAACCAUUGAAUUGUUAAUGAAAACCGUCCUUAAGAUAUUCUCCUUUGGUUGAUUUAAGUUCUUAAUUUUCAGUGAAACGCCCCCGCCUUACAUCGACCGUGUUUGACCCGGGAUUUCACCAUGUUGAUAGUCGCGACGAGAUUGACCUAUUCGAAGACAAUUAUGAUAUUCAUUGUCGUGGCUAUUGCGUGAGAGGAGCUCGAUUCUACUACGGAAGAGUACCAGCACGUGUCAACGAUGGUGGUUAUCAGAUGAUCUCACAUUGGCCAUCGGAUGACGCACAGAUGGAGCUGGUUUGUCACAUUUGCGACAGUUUGGCCAAAAUGAAUUGGAAGGAGAUGGACAUUGAGGUUGGAGAGCUGACUAAAAAUCUUGAUUUGGCGUUGCCAUUGGCUGAUGAUGAAAGGGAUUAUCUGGUCAAGUUGGUUCAGUUGGAUCGGACUAUUAAAAGUAAGUGUUUGUUGUUUUUGUUUGAAAUUUAGGUAAUUUUUGGCAAGGUUGAAGGUAAAUGCUGUGGAAUUCAUGACGCAUGUUUGAUUUUUUGCGUAAAAGUUAUUUCCAUAGAUUUUUAAUAGAUUUUAGGUCGUUUUUAAGGUUUUUUGGAAAUUUAGGUAACAUUUUGGUGCAUUUUGAAUAAUGUAGCGGAAGUUUUGUUUCAACUUAUUUAUGAGCUUUACUGUGAAUUUUUUUAUCAAUUUUAAGUCUAAAAUUUUUUCAGUUUGUUCUAUCGUUGAUUUUUCAAAAUGUCCGUUUGGUGGAGAUCGUUUGGACGUGUUGAAUCGUCGAUUUUUGGAAGCUCUACACAAUUACUACAUUGCUAUGGGUUUAAACAUGGGAAGAAUAGUAUGUUUUGUUGUUUUAUAGGUAUUUUGAACAUUGUUUUUCAGCUUUUAUACUCAAAAUUGUGGUUUUUAUAAUAUAUUAUACUUAAAGGCAAUAUUUUUCGACAGAACGUGAAAAUGGUAAACUUUUCUAAACUUCAUAUUUUAGCAACCACAACCCGGAUAUCCGUGGCUCCACUCGGCGUAUACUGAGCACAUGAACUUGUUAAACGCUGGUCUACAGUCUCUGGAGUUUUCUCCACAAAAUCCUAAUAAAGAUGGAUGUCAAGGAAGUCCGUCACCUGCUGAUGGUGGUCACUCGGCUGGGAAAUGGUAAAGUUGAAGCUUUUAAGACAAAUUGAGACUUUGGUUUAUGUGUUAUGGUUGUUUUUGUGAUUUAAAAGUUGAUUUCGUCGAUUUUGGUUAAUAUUUUGACAUUUCAGCCAAGCCCUUGACAAAACCAACUUCUACAUGUACAGCCCAGGCCUGGAGAUCUUUUCCCGCAAAGUUUUUGUCGGAGGAGUCCCGUCGGACAUUGAUGAAGAUGCUGUGUUGGUGGCUUUCAGAAACUUUGGCAAAUUGAGCGCUGAUUGGCCAAACCGUUCUGAAUUUCGAAACAUUGGCAAUAGGAACAAGUCGAGGCCCGGUUACGUGUUCAUUGUCUACGAAAAGGAGCAAAGUGUUCAUGCUCUACGGAAUGCAUGCAUUGUUGAAGACGAUCAGUACUUUAUGCAAGUCAUGAACACCCAGCAACAACCUAAACUGGUGCAAGUACGACCGUGGAUGCUGGCCGAAGCCAACUAUGUUGUUCAGCCGUUUAUGCAUGUCAAUUUGAGGUCUGCGAUCUUUAUUGGAGGUGUACCGAGACCAAUUCGAGCGGUCGAGUUAGCUCACAUGAUUGAUGAGCUCUAUGGUAAUGUGGUAAUGGCUGGAAUCGAUACGGAUUUGCCUUUGAAAUACCCAAAAGGAGCUGGAAGAGUUGUCUUUUCGGACUUUAACUCUUACAUGAGAGCCAUUACGGACAAGUAUGUCCGCCUUCAACAUGGUGAUAUUGACAAAGUUGUAAGUUUUUAAAAGUUUUUUGUUUUUGAAAGUAUCUUGUAAUUUUUAACAAAAACUUUAUCUAAUGCACCUUACUUUAGGUUGAGAUCAAGCCCUACGUACUGGACGAUCAGCCAUGUGACGAGUGCCGUGGCCAAUUGACGGACGAAAGAGCAGCGCCGUUCUUCUGCCCUCAUCCCGAAUGCCUUCAAUACUAUUGUGAAAGCUGCUGGGGAAUCCUCCAUCGAAGCGAUCACCGCGCAGAUCAUCGUCCAUUGAUCAAGGAAGCCUGA